GCGUCAAUGUCAACCACCUGUCAAUCUAACAAGUCAUUGUAUUUUUUUCCAAAAAAAAGGAAGGACAUCAUGAGUGCUGGAGUUUUCCAUAUGCUGUGACGAGCGUGCGCGUGUGUGCUAAGGUCCCAAGGUUCCAAGUGGUUGUUGGUUUUAAGUGCUUGCGAUGGGGAGCCACAACAGUCAUGAGAAGGCGGCCAGCGAGCCAGCUGGGCCGGGCAGCGGGACCAGCACUCCCAGGCGAGGGUCAGCCAGGAGUGGGUCAGUAGCUGGCGUCACGGCGGCGGAGCCUCAGCAGACCUCGCUCGUACCCAUAGAAAAACUCGGCAAGUUGCUGGCGCAAAGAUCACAAAAGGAAGAUGGCGUCAAUGGAGUCACAGAGAAUUCGUUCACAAAGUACGUGUUCCCCGCGUACCCGGAGCUGGCGCGGCACUUCUUCAGCCACAUCCACCAGGGAGGCAAGUGCAAGAACAAGCACAUGUCUGUCAGCGCGUUCAGACAGCAGUGCGAGAAGGUGCUAGCACUGUUGGACGAUGCGGCCAUCAUUGAGACUUACGUCAGAAUGUUCAGCGGCGGCUCAGAAGAGGGCGUCUCUAGGGAACAACUGCGGGGCCUCCUGCACGCCAGCUACCAGCUCAGCAUGGACCACUCGCCGGACGGGCCGCAGACCUGCCUUAUGAUCAACAAGACGCUCUCAGCCGUAGUGGACGCGUGCUUCAACAAGAAGGACUCUCAUAGUGUCAACUUCGUGGUCCGCUGGUUGGAUGAGCAUACGCAUCGCAUUAUCUUUCCUUUACAUAGAUACUGCGUCCACAUGCUAUCCACCCGCCACCGCGAUAUCUCCACUCACCUAGAGUCGUCCAGCUCGGGGGUCGAACUGGCGACCCCAGUCCUCGAGCGAGGGGCGUGGGGCGCGGGGGCGGGGGGCGCACUCUGCCCGUCAGCCAGUUGGCUGCUGGCCGCCGCGUUGCCGCCCCUAUAUAGCCGCCCCCAUAAGGCGCCUGAUCCACAAGCGGCGGGCAGCUUCUCGACGGCGUGGCUGGCGCGGCUCGUCUGCGCGGUGCCCUCGCACUGGGUGCCGCUCUACUCCUCGCAUGAACACGGACUAGGAGCUAAUAGGUUCCUGCAUCAUACUACUGGAUAUAGAGGAGCAACAGUGGUGCUGCUGCAAGCGGGCCCGCUGGUGGCGGUGCUGGCGGCGCCCAGCGAGUGGCGCGAGACGCACCAGUACUGGGGCAGCCCCGACUGUGUCCUGCUGCAGCUGUACCCCACAUUCUCCAUAAUAGAGCGUGGCGGCAAGAUGCUGUACCUGAACACGUCUAUCCGCGGGUACCCGAAGGGGCUGCGCGCCGGCAGCGACCCGCGGGCCCCCAAACUGUGUGUGAAUGAGGACUUCGAUCAGCUGACGUAUCUGAAUACGCCGUAUCCGCUUGAUGCUAUUGAGGUGUGGGGUUGUGGCGACCAUUCCUCCCGGGAAACGCAGUUGGAGAUAAAGAAAUGGCAGGUCAAGGAGGCAGAGCGACAACGACACAUAAAAAUAUCUGCAGCUGAUUGGAUAGAACACCCUGACAGAUACCUAUUAGAGAUGGCGGGCCGGCCUCAGUACAAUAACUCGGCGAAGUAAUACAUUGCCGCACCACUACGAACGCGCUCUGGGAACCCUACGCCAAAACCCGCAAUGGUUAGACUACAUGGCUAUAUUAGGUGCACAAAAGCAGCCUCUUAGAGUGACGUAUCACGCACGAUGCUAAUCUGACUGGCCAAUCCUUUCACAUCGGUGGCCCUAUUGUAUGUAGCUCCGACACGAUAAGAGAAUAAUGGCUUUACUAUAAUAUAUAGUCCUUAAAACAUAGGAUGAGUUAUCUGACACCCGUCAUUGCGAAGAUCCAUGAAGGUUCAUAAUUAUCUGUAUUCGUUCUAGAAGUUUUAUACUAAUUUGCGUUUAUUUGCGCGUAAAAAGUAAAUGCAUUUUGUCUUAAGUAGAGCUCAUUUCACUUUGGACUACAACCUUGUGAUGCAUCAGAAAGUAAUUUGCUAGCAUUUAAAAUUGAAAGCUACGGUGCUGCCACCUAUAAUUAGCAUUCUAUGGUUAAAUUGGCACAAAGUUUUUGUAAGUAAAUAAAGUAUUUGGCUGUCAGAUUUUCAUUGGAUAGAUUGUAAUAACAGUUUUAUGUAUUAUUUUUACUGGAUUGUCAACUGUUUCACAUGACAAAUGAGCUUUGUAUGGCUUUUUUUAAUAAAUGUCCUGAGUGCGAGGUUUUGUCUCCCGA